CCACGGCAGGACACCAAAACCUCCGUUGUCAAACCAACUGCGCUCCGUGAUCUCAGCAAUUUUCAUGGCGGCGGCGGCUGUCACUCGGCCCAGCGGCCCAGUCCUGUCGAUUCCCAACUAUGGUUGCGCCUCCCCCAACCGUGUCAAGCUCGCCGCCGCCGUCGGCGCCCGCUCGCCGGGCAAGGCCGUCAGCGUCUCGUCGCGGAAGGCGUCGUCCGCCGCAGCGAACAGCCGGCAAUCGUGUAUGUGCUCCCCGACGAACCACCCCGGCUCGUUCCGCUGCAGCAAGCACAAGGGGCGCAAGCAGGAGUCCAAGGCCGCCUCCCUCGGCAGCGGCGCCUCCAAGCUGGGGACGAAGCACAUGGGCAGUGCCCUGGUGCGGGUCGGCGGCGCCGUGGAGAGCGGGACGUGGGCGCGGAGGGCGCUCGCGCCGUCCCCGCAGUCGCAGAGCCGGAGACGCACUGCCGGCGGGCUCCAACGUCCCCGGCCCAGCCGCCUCUCCUCCGUCUCCUUCGCCGGGGACCGCGUCGGCGACAACCGCCGGUGAACAGAUGAACAAACUUCGUCGACUUGUCAUAGCAUAGGAGAUAAUUGGGGAGAAGUUCCCCUAACAAUUCACUGGGAUCUUCCGACCGCUGUACGUAAUUAGCCGGUGGUAGACUGGAGUUUUUGAUCCAGGUAGCGGAGAGUUCAUCCUCCCUUUCGUUCUGGAUAUAUACAUGGGUGAGAAAUGGAGACAUUCGGAUA